AUGCGAGCCUUGCGCCUUUCAGCAACUGACCCGUUCCGAUACAUGCACCUUAGCGGGAGACUGGCUGAAAAGGACCAGACUAAGCACCUGUGGUUUCUCCAAGACGCCCGGCACGUGAAGGGGCUAGCCGAGAUCAAAUUGAUGGAGUUCACCUCUCGGGACGCGCAGGUCGGUUUCUGGGAGACAUAUAUCGCCAGACCGUCCAUGAUUGUACCUAAUCCUCCAGGAGCGUUCAACAACUUGGCUGGAUGGGCAGUGGGUGCCAUCAGGGUUGAUCAACUGGCCAAAGUAAUGAUCGAAAUUGUACAAGAGGGCAGUGAACGCGAGGAUAGAGUCCUUACCGUCAACAUGCGUGAGAUUCAUGGACGAGCAAAGUCAAAGCCUGGAGUCCAGCUGGCAGUGAGGAAAACUCAAAAGUAUACAACAAUUACACUUCACGCUCGCAAUUCCGCGCCCCGCUUUCUCUUCAAUAUCGCUUCAGAAUGGAAGAACAAGGCUGCGUGGAACAGGGGUAAAGGCUCUGAUUUUCAGAUCAGCUACACACCUUUCCCUGCCUUAGAACCAGAUUAUGUCAACGUGAGUAAUCGCGCAGUCGCCAUCACCACCAUCGACUGGAAAGUUCCAGACAGUGGACAGUGGAUUAGCUAG